AAAUGCGAAUCAUUGAAAUAUGAUUGAAGCAAGAAGAGACCCAGCUGGCGGGCAGUCUGAUUUCUGAAAGCUGAUAAUGGCAAAGUCAAAUUUGGAACUAGGGUGAGCAAUUCAACUGGAGUAAAGUUUGAUUUCAGUCUGGAUAAUAAUGCCAGGGCAAAUGUUACGUAAGAGCUAUAACGGGUUUCAAUUCCAAUCCUAUCGUUAGUUAACUUAAAUAACAAACGAAAUAAUUCGAUUGUCAUAAUUUUGUUAAAUUGUGUUAUUUGAACCAACAUUUUUUUGUUUUUUUUUUUGUUUCUCAUUUUACUCGCAGAAUUUUUUCUAAGUAGCUCACUUGCAUAAUCCGUAUUCUACUUAAAUGCUGUCUAUGUACUUUUCUAACCUUCUUAACGGUGUUUCAUGCGGCUCUCGCUCAGUUUUUUCUUUGUAUGCUUGAUGGGAAGUCUAUCCCAACUUUUUCCCGCGUUAAUCGAUUCACCACACUUCCUCCCUCACACACAAUAUUGAUUUUUGUGCAUAUUAAGCACAUUAUUAUUUUGAUACAAACGUACACACUUCUUAUUUCGAGUGGGCAUGCGUGAUCACCUUAGGUCUCGUGGGUUUGUUUUGACAACGCCAGUUGAUUAAUCGGGCGAGACUUUUUGAAUUCCGUUUUUCAACUGCGUACGCAUCAAGUAAAAGCAACCACAUUUUCAUCGGCUCAGGCCCUGGCUGGUUGGUGGACAUUGAUCCGGCGGGGGAGCAUAAAAUAUUUGUAUAUUAAACCUCCUCCCCCUCACAAGUUGUGGUCUCGUUUCGGUCCAUCUGACCGACCUCAAUCUAUGUGAAACGCAUGCGUUUCCGAUUCUUCCUCCGCUAAACAAACAGAAUAGAUGGGGCACCGGUGGGUUUGCUAAAGACCCCGUAGUUGUUCAUCCCUAUGAACUGACAUUAGACGUCAUGAUCUCCAGGUUUCUCUGCCAAUAAAUGGGGUGCGGUGCUUCGAAUCAAACCAGCGCAUUGGAAGACUCGUCUCCGAACGGCCGUACUUCCUUGGACGAGGAACUAUCUGAAUCGGGCGAGACAGCCAGCCUUACGCAUUCGUCGCUAACGAGUUACGAACUUCAGCCACCGCAGCCCAUUAAAGAAAUGAAAGCCCCAAUAGCCUUUGAAGUGCCAGGACAAAACCCAGAUGAAAUCGGCGAGGGUGUUUCUAUCAUUCAAGCUCAUCCGCCAAGGCGACUGAGACGUCUGGAAGACGAACAAGUCAAUUUGUCUGCGGAAGAAGUUGAGCGCCGCCAUGCCUUGGCUGAACAACGCCGACAAGAGGCUCUGCAGAUGCGCGUUCAAAGUGCCCGCCUUUCGACGUCCAAAGGACCGAGACGUCAACUGUUGGCUCCGAUAACCAACGAAUAAACGCGAAUAAAUUUUUGCACUAAAUCAAAAGUAAAAGGCACCAAGUUUGAAUCGCACGAACCCCUUAAAAGAAAUCCCGCCUAUCAAAACCACUGUGAUAUUCUAACGAGUGACAUCAAAGAAACUGUGCGAUGUAUUUUGCACGCAUUGAGAGAAUACACGGUAAAUAGACAUUAA